CCGGGAAGUAGAGAGCGAAGGCAUGCUAGAAGACGAAAUGCAGGCAACGCAAGUAAUGUCGUGUUGACACCCGCUCCCUCGAACGAGAGGCGCAGGUAUCCACACCCCCGAACAGUGUUGAAACCCUCAAAGUCAAAAUUUCGAAGAAUCAAUUCCACAUGCCCCUUCUAGACGUCUCCGCCCACAGAGGAGCCCGCCGGAGAUAGCUCAUUGGACAGAAUGCACCGGGAAUGGCUCCCAGGCAGGGAGGCAGAGGAAGAUCUGUUGGCAAAUGAGGUAUCUAUAGCUGAGUACAGGGUGAGAGCUGUGGGAAGACGCAGUCCAAUUGAGAUUCCGGCAUUUUGGGGCUAUUAUAUGUAUCAUGUGCCAUGAAAGCAGAGAGGAACCCCAGUGUGGCAUUUUCACCGGAUAAUACCAUAGCAUAACACGACUACCAGGUAUGGUUAUGCACGCUGGGUUUCGCUCGAGCGUAAUGGCAACAAUGUUUCCGUUAGUUAAGGCGCCUAUUCAUUCAACACCAACCUCCAUGAACCACAUACACCCACCGGGCAUGUGGCUCCUAGAGACUGGGUUAUAUAUUCGAGAAAAAAAGCCGACGAGGAACACAGUCGCAAAUAAGUCAUCAGACCGAUUGCGUCGUCCCUCUGCGCAUAUACAGUACGCGAUAACUUGCGUAGAAUAACACAGCUUUUAUUCCCAACGGGGAACACAAUUCUCCGGACAGACCAGAGCCCUCUGUUAGGCUCUGGAGUAGUAUUUUAAGGCGUUGUCACCACACAGCAAAAAG